AUGGUAGAUUUACAAGCUGGUAGUGGAGGAGAAGUGUCCGACACCGCAGGGUUGUCGCAAAGGGCCAAAUAUAGUGCCAAAUCAGAUGCCAAUGAAUCUUCCAAGACUGAAUCUUUAGGUUCUCGAAAUGAAUCCAACAGUGAUGUGCACCUCCCGUUGACUCAAAUCCACUUGAAGAGUCACGAGUGGUUCGGAGAGUUCAUCACAAAACAUGAGAUUCCAAGGAAAACGUUGCAUUCAUCCAUCGGGUUCGUUACACUAUAUCUCUACACGACGGGAGCGGACUACAGGAAAGUGAAAUGGCCUCUCAUAUUUGCAUUCGUUAACAUUUUCGUUCUUGACUUGGUCCGUCUGAGAUGCCCAGCUGUCAACAAACUGUAUUGCCGAUGUGUUGGCGCGCUCAUGCGGAAACGAGAGAUCCACGCCUACAACGGAGUGCUGUGGUACUUGUUGGGACUGAUUUUUGCAUUCAGUUUCUUUCCAAAGGACGUGGCGCUUAUCUCACUCUUUUUGCUGAGCUGGAGUGAUACUGCCGCUUCUACGUUUGGGCGCAAAUAUGGACAUUUGACCCCCAAAAUUGCUAGGAAUAAAUCCUUGGCGGGUUCCAUCGCAGCGUUCAUCGUGGGUGUGUCCGUUUGUUAUCUGUUUUAUGGUGUGUUUGUGCCACGUUACGCUCAUAUCAGCUCUCCUGGUGAAUUGAGCUGGUCUGCGGAGACCAGCAAACUAUCGCUAUCUCAAUUUUCAUUGCUGAGCGGGGUCUUGGCAGCGUUCAGCGAAGGGAUUGAUCUUUUCAAUUGGGACGACAACUUCACCAUUCCUGCAUUAUCUGCUAUUUUCAUGAAUACGGCAAUCCGCUUGACGAGAAGGUCCAAUUGA